GGGGCCCGUGCUGCUCUGCAGACGCCGCUGUUACGCUGUUACCCCAUCGUUGUUUGCUGCCAACCAUGGUCAACCCCUGCGUGUACUUCGACGUCUCCGCCGACGGCGAGCCCUUGGGCCGCGUCUCCUUCGAGCUGUUUGCAGACAAAGUUCCAAAGACAGCAGAAAACUUUCGUGCUCUGAGCACUGGAGAGAAAGGAUUUGGUUAUAAGGGUUCCUGCUUUCACAGAAUUAUUCCAGGAUUCAUGUGCCAGGGUGGUGACUUCACACGCCACAAUGGCACUGGCGGCAAGUCCAUCUACGGGGAGAAAUUUGAUGAUGAGAACUUCAUCCUGAAGCACACAGGUCCUGGCAUCUUGUCCAUGGCAAAUGCUGGACCAAACACGAAUGGCUCCCAGUUUUUCAUCUGUACUGCCAAGACUGAGUGGUUGGAUGGCAAGCACGUGGUGUUUGGGAAGGUGAAAGAAGGCAUGAACAUCGUGGAAGCCAUGGAGCGCUUUGGGUCCAGGAAUGGCAAAACCAGCAAGAAGAUCACCAUCACUGACUGUGGACAGCUCUAAUGCGUUUAACUUGGAUGUAUUGCAACCACCAGACCAUUCCUCUAGCUCAGGAGAGCACCCUCCACCCAACCUGCUCGCAACAUCCCAUCAUGUCUGCUCUCACUGCAGUUCUUCGGGUUCCAUAUUUCCCCUGCUCCCCUCCAAAAGUAGCUGGAUUGCAGAGUUAAGUUUAUGGUUAUGAAUAAAAACUAAAUAACGGU